AUGAAUCUAAUAGUGAGGCUCCACAGAAGUUUCAGAACACUUGUUAUUCUCCUGGCUACUUUCUGCUUAGCAAGUAUCAUCAUUUCCGCCUAUUACUUGUACACCAGCUACAAGCAGGAGAUGGCCCUUGCAGAAACCACUGGAGAAGCAGACUGUGAAGAUCUCAAGGUUCUACCAUACAGAUCCAUUGAGCUGAAAACAGCUAAGCCAAUUGAUCCAUCUAAAACUGAUCCCACUGUCCUCCUGUUUGUGGAAAGCCAGUACUCCCAGCUGGGACAAGAUAUCAUAGCCAUCCUUGAGUCCAGCAGAUUUCAAUACCACAUGGUCAUCGCGCCUGCCAAGGGGGAUAUUCCCCCUCUCACAGAGGAUGGAAGAGGAAAAUACACAAUUGUUGUAUAUGAGAAUAUUUUAAAGUAUGUAUCCAUGGACUCGUGGAACAGAGAGCUUCUGGAAAAAUACUGUGUGGAGUACAGUGUUAGCAUAAUUGGUUUUCAUAAAGCCAAUGAAAACAGCUCCCCAAGUACAAAACUGAAAGGCUUGCCGUUACAUCUUUACAAUAACAUAGCCCUCAAAGACUGUGUUGUAAACCCUCAGUCUCCCCUUCUGCGCAUUACCAAAGCACCAAGGGUUGAGAAAGGCCCACUGCCUGGUGAAGACUGGACAGUUUUCCAGUUCAACCAUUCCACCUACCAACCUGUGCUUUUAACCGAACUGCAGACCUCCCGACCACCUCCCAUGGCAUUGCCGAAGGCUGCUCUGUAUGCAACCGUCAUCCAGGACUUGGGGCUUCAUGAUGGGAUUCAAAGAGUUCUUUUUGGAAACAACUUGACCUUCUGGUUACACAAGCUGAUCUUUAUUGAUGCCAUCUCUUUCCUGUCAGGGAAGAAGCUCACGCUGUCCUUGGAUAGGUACAUUCUGGUUGACAUAGAUGACAUCUUUGUUGGGAAGGAGGGGACGAGGAUGAACGUAAAUGAUGUGAAGGCUUUACUAGAGACUCAAAAUUUACUGCGCACUCAGGUUGCAAAUUUUACCUUCAACCUUGGAUUUUCAGGAAAAUUUUACCACACAGGGACUGAAGAGGAAGAUGAAGGCGAUGACCUGCUGUUGAGAUCUGUGGAUGAGUUUUGGUGGUUUCCCCAUAUGUGGAGUCACAUGCAGCCUCAUCUUUUCCACAACGAGUCGUCACUGGUGGAGCAGAUGAUCCUCAACAAAGAAUUUGCACUAGAGCAUGGCAUACCAACUGACAUGGGGUACGCAGUGGCUCCGCAUCACUCCGGGGUCUACCCAGUUCACAUCCAGCUAUAUGAGGCCUGGAAGAAGGUCUGGCACAUCCGAGUGACCAGCACAGAAGAAUAUCCACACCUGAAGCCUGCACGGUACAGACGGGGCUUCAUCCACAAUGGCAUCAUGGUGCUCCCUCGACAGACCUGUGGCCUUUUCACUCAUACUAUUUUUUACAAGGAAUAUCCUGGGGGUCCUCAGGAGCUGGACAAAAGUAUCCGAGGAGGUGAACUCUUUCUCACCAUUCUCCUGAAUCCAAUCAGCAUCUUCAUGACCCAUUUGUCUAAUUAUGGGAACGACCGCCUGGGGCUAUACACCUUUGCGAACCUGGCCAGCUUUGUGAAGAGCUCGACAAACCUGAAACUGCAGACACUGCCCCCACUCCAGCUGGCACACAAGUACUUUGAGCUCUUCCCUGAGCAGACGGACCCUCUUUGGCAGAAUCCAUGUGACGAUAAACGACACAGGGAUAUUUGGUCCAGGGACAAAACAUGUGACCAUCUACCCAAAUUUCUUGUGAUUGGACCCCAGAAAACAGGAACAACAGCACUUUAUUUAUUUCUUCUGAUGCAUCCUUCCAUCAUCAGUAAUCUCCCUAGUCCAAAAACUUUUGAAGAAGUUCAGUUCUUCAAUGGAAACAACUAUCACAAGGGUAUUGACUGGUACAUGGAUUUCUUCCCCACUCCUUCCAACAUCACCACUAACCUCCUCUUUGAGAAAAGUGCCAACUAUUUCCAUUCUGAGGAAGCGCCUAAACGAGCUGCUUCCCUCAUUCCCAAGGCCAAGAUCAUCACCAUCCUCAUUGACCCAUCUGAUCGGGCGUACUCCUGGUACCAGCAUCAGCGAUCCCAUGAGGACCCUGCUGCCCUGAAAUUCAAUUUUUAUGAAGUCAUAACGUCAGGCCACUGGGCACCCUCAGAGAUAAGGACUCUCCAGAAGAGGUGCCUGACACCCGGAUGGUAUGCUGUCCACAUCGAACGAUGGCUAACUCACUACCCAGCUUCACAGUUGCUAAUUAUUGAUGGACAGCAGCUAAGAAGCGACCCAGCUACUGUGAUGGAUGAAGUGCAGAAGUUUCUUGGAGUCUCUCCUCAUUACAAUUACUCUGAAGCUCUAACGUUUGACCCUCAAAAGGGCUUUUGGUGCCAGUUAUUGGAAGGAGGGAAAACAAAGUGCCUGGGAAAAAGCAAAGGUCGAAAAUACCCACCCAUGGACCAAGAGUCCCGAGCUUUCCUGUCGAGCUACUACCGAGACCACAAUGUGGAACUGUCCAAGCUGCUGCACAGGCUGGGACAACCCCUGCCCUCCUGGCUGAGACAGGAGCUGCAGAAAGUCAGAUAG